AAGUUCAUGGAGAGCCACCUUCUGUAACGUACGUGUGGCCGCAUAGCGCUCGAACUCACUUCCAAAUUGACACCAUGUGCAGCUGGGCUCUGGAUGGCGUUGUUAGCAGCUCUACUCCUUCCCGUUCCAAAGGUGGAUGUAAAUGGCCAGUUUCUAAGAAGCAUCUUAUUGGAGGAGUCAGUGUCGUGUUGUUCUGCGGGCUCGCAUUCUUUCAUAUUCGACGAUUCCGUCUUCGUCGCCAGGCUAGGGAGCAGUAUGUCGCGUUACCCGUCACUGUUGACUCGGGAAAGCCAGGAUAUUGAAUGAUGCGGGAAUCUUGAUUAUUAAUAACUGUAGAAUACAACUUGUCAUCUUUUUGAAAUCUAUUGGAUACAUCCUAGUACCUGUUAUUUAAGUAC